GCAGUUUGGAUGAUAUUGCCGAAUUGUCAAAAGUGAACAAUAAUCGCGUGCAAAAUUUGUUGCUUAUUUAUUUAACCGUAUCAAACCCAGUGUGAAUACGUAAUAUCUCCUUAAACGAACCGCGGAAAUAAUUUAAAGAAAUAGGAAAACAUAGCUGCCCUGACUAUUUACCACAAGAGAGAUUUGUCCAUGCUUGCAUAGAGUUUGCCAAAAACUCUUCGAGUGUCGCAACGAUCACGCACCAAAUUAAGAUACAGUGUGGCAAUUCGGACAACACCGAUCAUAUUGCGACAAUGGCCCCUCAAAUGAUGCAGCUUCAAUAAUGUAGAAAGGGUAAUAUUUGCCAACGGGGGUUUCUGGAGCGGGGGCCGCAUAAAUGGGCGCCAUGGCGGGGCCGCGCGAACAAACGAGAUGCUGCUGCAGUCGUGGAUGGAGGGUCGCGUCGAGACGCCGGUGCGGGGGCUACGGCUGCACGACCUAGGUUUAGACCAGGCCUACCUGAACGUCACCAAUCUCCUCGACCGAGAGGCGUUCCUAUACUCCGUCAAAGAUGCAUGCUAUAAGUGUCCUUACUCAUUCAUGAGUGCCUUGCCCGCUGGAGACUCGAAAAUAUUCAAAGUGAACUCGGCGUACUCGAUAAGACCGCGCAUCUACGGCGACUACCUGGGAGAGUACGUUUCCACGAGCAACCAUAGCUCGCUCGAGUGCAGCGUGGACAGCGCCUGGCACUUUGGCGAAUUCGGCAUCUACGACCUCCUCGUGCAGCCGGGUGGGAAAUGCACCACAAGCACAUAUUACGAGCCAGUCAACAUCUACCACUCUGCGGUCUCAGUGACAGUGAUAGUCCUUUUCUUACUGUGCCUCGGCCAGUUUAUAAAGGGAGUAGCGAAGUCUUGGGGCAAACAGGAGCAAGUCUUUGUCGAUAACAACAAUCAAAAUGAUUCAAAGGGUAAAAUUGAAGAGAUACUCAGGACGAAAAAGCCACGGCUACGAGCACUGGACGCAUUCCGCGGGCUGAUAGUCAUCCCCUUGAUAUUCUACACGCACCAAGGUGGAGGCUACCAAGUUCUGGAGCAUGCUAGCUGGGAAGGAUUGCCCAUCGCUGACUGGCCCUUUCCUUGGUUCAUCUGGAUUAUGGGUGUCUGCAUGCCAAUGGGGAUAAACAGCAACUUGGAAAGACAGCUCAGUCGUCGCACAAUCCUUUUCCACGUCGCGAAGCGAUCCGUAUUACUUUUCGCUCUUGGCAUCUCCACGAAUUGCAUUAACUACGGCUUGGCUUAUGAGAAAUUCCGCUUCUUCAACGCCCUUCAACGUUUUGGCAUUAUGUGCCUGAUCAACGCUAGCCUGUGUGCUAUCCUAUGGCCUCGAGAUAUCUCCAAGAUCAAAGGCAGGUUCGCCGACCUGCAGAUCAUGUGGUCACAAUGGGCAAUUCACAUUGUAUUGCACGUGAUCUCUAUAUGCCUCGUCUUCUUCCUGCCGGUCCCCGGAUGUCCGACGGGCUAUUUGGGACCUGGCGGUUUGAGCGAAGAUAGGAAAUACGAAAACUGCACUGGCGGCACGUUUGGAUACAUUAACAAAUUGCUUAUGAAUGAGGCCAACAUGGAGCAAAAUCCGACAGCUAAAGCAGUUUAUGAGGUCAAUGCAUUUGAUCCCGAAGGAUAUUUCAGUAAUUUGCCUUCCCUACUAACUGUCAUUUUGGGCAUCCAAGCUGGCGCAAUUUUGGUCAUAUACAAUGAAUCCCGCGAAAGAAUAUAUCGUUGGACCGUUUGGGGUGUCGGCUGCAUCCUUCUUGCUCUGAUCUUGGAACUGACCGGCACAUUCCCAAUAAACAAGCAGCUAUGGAGCACUUCAUUCGCAUUAAUCACGGCAGGAUUCGCUUUUUUGUUCUUGGCCGCAUUUUACUGGCUAAUCGAUGUCAAGAAGUGUUGGAAUGGUUUCCCUUUUGUCGAGCCUGGCGUCAACUGUCUGUUUAUCUACAUCGGCAGCAAACUGACCAACCACCUUUGGCCGUUCCACUGGAGGAUUGGCCCCAUGGACACCCACUUUAUCCUGCUUGCAGACACCAUAUGGGCUUGCUGGUUGUGGCUACUGAUUGCUAAAUGGCUGUUCAAGCGCAACAUAAUUAUCACUGUUUAGGCGUUUAAUUGUUAAAGUUGUUUUAAUACUUUUUUAUUUCUAUGUGUAGUCCAGUCAUGUCAGAUCAAAAAAUUAUAGCUGCUUUUAACACUUUUAUCAUUUGGAGUUACUAUAGGUCAUAUCACUUUGUAUCUCUAUGUGUUUUUAAGUUUAAAGAUAUAUAUAUAUAUAUAUAUAUACAAUAAUGUUUCUUGUAAGCUGUUCAUAAAUUCCAGUUAUUGUUAAAAGUCAGCAGAGCAUUAUUUUUGAGUUUGAUAUUUGUACGUCGUGCUUUUAAAUAUAUUAAACAAAUAGUUAAUGUUGCUGUUUAAAUUUUCAUAACUGUCAAUUACGUCAAUUCAAAGUGAAUCAAUUAUAUUAUGUAGCCUGAGCCUGCUUUCUACUACCAAGUAUAAUAGGCAUUAAAUUUUGCACCGAGAUUAAGCAAAAAAGUGGAUUGAGCCACCUUGCGAAAUUAUGAACAGUAAAAAAUAAUAGAUUUUGGGUUUUUGAAUUUACUUCCAGGUCUCUGUAUCAGGAUGCACCCCGAAAAGUGAGAGAGAGAGAGAGAGAGAUCGUUUCUAAAAAAAUACAUUAUGAAUCAGGGCAGAAGGCACACAUUACACAUCUUGCUGUCACCGCAGAUUAUGCUUUUUAUUUCCAUUUAUUAUGAAAUAAUGUGCGCACGGUCCUCAUAGGAGGACUGGCCCACGUUACUACCCCUGACCGAGUCUUAUUAUUAAAACGAUAUAGACAUGCGUUCCAUGAAAUCCAUUCACACAAGCUACAAAAAGGUGCAUUGGAUGUAUGUAAUUCGGUACAAUUAUUGUGAUGAGUUAUGUGCAUGCAAAAAGUCAAAUAAAGAUAUUA